GAUGAGUCGGCCAGCAGCGAACGCGUAACGCAUACGCCAUGUGAGCCGGAUCGAUGGGAUCGUACUCCGGCCAAGCCACAAUGCCAUCCUCCUGUAAAUAGCCAGCAGCCUUUUCUACUCGCGUCUCUGUCAAAUGUGUGUCCGUGUAUCCGCCACUGUAUAUACUGUAGACUCUCAUUGUUUAAACCACAAUAAAAAACGAAACCAAGCAAAGAAUAAAUAAAUAUUUAAAAAAAAUAUAAACGCGCGUGUUUUGGCCACAGAACGCGCAGCACACACAAGUUUCGGUGCAAAAACGGGUAUAAAUAAGCGAAAUAAUUAUAUGCGAAUGCUGUAGGAAUAGUUAAAUUAUUAGGAUUAAUCGAUUGGAAUUUCGCGCGCAAUAAGAACUAAUUAUAAACACGGGCAGCAUGGGACCAAUCAGACUCUAGAGCUAGCCACGCAUCCACAAAGUUAGUUGGACGAACGCCGGUCACGAUCACGAUCACAAUGGAUUAUAGCCGACUGAAUGCCAACAUCAAUACGGGCAACAUCAGCACCGAUGACUUUCUGGCCGUCUUCUCGACCGGAAAGCCACCGGACAAUGCCACCCUCAAUCCGCCCCUGCUCAGUGUCGAUGGUCAGCUGACGCUGCCGCCGGGAUCGGGAUAUGUCAAUGUCAACGAUACGAUAUUCUUCCUGAAUGGCAGCUUCUACAACAGCAGCCUGCAGCUGGCGGCGGGUUUCUAUAAUCAAAGCAGUGCUUCCGGGGCGACAGCGGGCAAUCUGACCAAUCCGAAUCACACAGAAGUCCACUGGGAUGGCCGGUAUCCCAGUGGAUAUACGCUUACGCACAUCGUGAUCGCCUCCAUCAUUGUGACCAUCCUGAUGAUCAUCAUCGUGGUGGGCAACAUGCUGGUGAUCAUAGCCAUUGCCACGGAGAAGUCGUUGAAGAAUAUACAGAACUGGUUCAUUGCCUCGUUGGCGGUGGCCGACUUCUUUCUGGGCCUCAUCAUCAUGCCAUUCUCGCUGGCCAAUGAGCUGAUGGGCUACUGGAUCUUCGGCAGCUGGUGGUGCGACAUUCACUCCGCAAUGGAUGUACUCCUCUGCACCGCCUCGAUCAUGAACCUGUGCCUCAUCUCGCUGGACCGCUACUGGAGCAUCACCAAGGCCGUCGACUAUCUGAAGUCGAGAACGCCGGCGCGAGCCGCCGUCAUGAUCACGGCGGUCUGGAUUAUGUCCGCCCUCAUCUGCAUACCGCCGCUCCUCGGCUGGAAGGUGAAGAUGCCCGAGGGACCGCUGCCCAAGUGCGAGCUAAGCGAGGACAUUGGCUACGUGCUGUACUCGGCACUGGGCUCCUUCUACAUACCCAGCUGCAUCAUGGUCUUUGUGUACAUACGAAUUUACUUUGCCGCCAAGGCGCGGGCGAGGCGGGGCAUUAAAAAGCAUCCCCGCAAAACGAACAACGAACAGGUAACGAGCUUCACCACCGCCAAGAAAGGAACAAUACCGAUGCCCUCCUCGAGCGGCGUGUCCGCUUUGCAGCUGCACCAGCAGCGCCAAAUAGCCACCAUCGAGACACCACCGAACAGCGCCAGCCUACCGAUGCAGAUACCCACGGUGACCAUGGACCUGGCCUCCGACAUAUCCACCUCGGAGGCGGGGGAACUGGAGGCGGUGGCCGCCCAAACGGUGCUUGCCUAUGCAAAUCCCAAUGGUGCGGGCACGAAUUCGGUCACCGUGGUGAGCAGCGGGAACGGGGGCACUGGGGCGUCGGGUGUUCCACCCAGCUCGCCGAAGGAGACGCUUCAGGUGAGCACGAUAGCCACCGGUCGGGUGGGUCUCAAUGUGCCCGUGCCGCCGUCCAUGGGCAGCAAUAGUUCCAUCAAUGUGCUGAACAACAACAACGGCACCGUGGCCAUGGAUGGCGGUGCCUCCGCCGGCGGCGGGGGAAAUGGAAGUGCUGUAGCGACGCCUGGUGGACUGCAGCAAACGGGCGGUAAUGAGCUGCGCGUCUCUCCGAUCGCCGGACGGUGUCGAGCCCUAUCCGUGGGCGUGGACACGGACAUGGUGAGUGAAUUCGAUCCAUCCAGCAGCGAUUCGGGCGUGGUCAGUCGCUGUGCCGUGGUCAAGCCGCUCAAGUUUCGCCUUUGCCAGCCGAUCUUCGGGCGCAAGUCGAGUAACCAGCAGCGGCGCAACGAGGCCAAAGCGGCGGCCAAGAAUCAACAGCCCAGCGGAGCGGCCAGCAAAAAUCAGCAGCAGCAGCAGCAGCAACAGCAGCAGGUGGUGAAGGCGGAACUGGAGCCGGCCAUACCGAAGACACCGAAGCCCCGGGAUCCGGAGAAGGAGAAGCGACGAAUUGCGCGAAAGAAGGAGAAGCGGGCCACCCUUAUCCUGGGCCUGAUCAUGGGCAGCUUCAUCGCCUGCUGGCUGCCCUUCUUCUUCCUGUACAUCCUGGUGCCGGCAUGUAGCAGCCAUUGCAACAUACCGGAAUCGGCGUUCGCCGUCGCCUUCUGGCUGGGCUACAUGAACUCGGCGCUCAAUCCGGCCAUCUAUACCAUCUUCAACAAGGACUUCCGACGCGCCUUCCGGCGCAUCCUGUUCAAGUGAUGUUUGGCCUAUGUGUGCUGUUACAGGUGCGUUUACGCCAGCAUCGAGAAGGCAACCGAACGUGCCAUGGGCAGCACACCAAUGGGCUAUGGUCAUGGCAUGUAUCAGCACUACAGGCGUUAGAUUUGCUUCGUUUUGGCAGUGCCAUAGGUCCCUAAGAACAUAUCCUACUCCGAUUCCCCAUCCCAGAACUGCAAAGCUAUUGACUGUCGAUGUUAUCGAUAUAUAUAUAUGCACAUAUCCCAUAUUAUCCAUUGGAUUAUUUCAUUUAAUGCCUCAAGACAUUAGUUUCCUUUAAAGCAAAACUAACUAGCCACUUGUAUUAAUAGGUUUUUAGCAACAUAUUUUUCUACAAAUUCCAAAACAUAAAUUAUUUUAAAGUAAGCUAGUUGUUUUAGCUAUCGAUAAUAUCGACUAACCGAAUAAUCCAUAGUUUUGCAGCUCUACCCACUCCCAUAUGCUAAAUCCUUUCCAAUCUUUCGUUGGAAUUUCUUUGGUUUGAAUAAAAAAAGUAACGAACAUUGUAGCUCAUUUCAAAAGCAAUGAACGGCUGUGAAUUUGAUGGAAUCUCUCAAUUUCAAUUUACGCAUUUUGGUUUCAUUUCGUUUCGUUUGGAUUCUCGAGCACCCUUGAACCCAGAGACCCCAAUCCCGGAGGCCCCAUAGCCCCCAUAGCCCACAGAACUCCCAGAGCAACCGAACGAACUCACCACAACCCACACUUUUCACACUCGACGAGCUCAUAGAAAUGCAUGAGCUGAGCAAACAAGAAUUUGAGCUGGGCAAACAUCUAUUAUGCUCCCUGAAUGGAUGUGUCCGCCAGCGACGUCUAUGGCCAUUCAACUUGAAAUAAUUUCGCAAAUUUCCAUUUGCGGCUGCAUUGCCAAAUGCCAGAUAUCAGUGCAGACUGCAAAUGUUUCGAAAGUCGGGUUCAGGUAGUCCCAAAUAACCAUUGUUCCAAGCUGGCUAACAAAAUGCAGGUCAACAAGUGUCAAGAUGGCAACAAAUGAAUUUAAUUCCUUUUUAAUAUUUUGGCAGCCGCUUAUCCGCUGCUUCGACGACGAAAAUCUUGGAGUCGGAAUGCAGUUUGGCCGUUGGCCAAAUCAAUAAUUCCUUGCGCACACAAAUGUAACUAAAAUCCAGCACAAUGGCCGCACAAUUUGUUGUAACAAAGUGAGCACACAUAGCUAUGGAAAUAGAAAAAGCGAGAAACCGAAACCGAAACAGCGACAGAUUCCACAAGGCAGGCGCAGUUUUGUUCAUUCACUCAAAGAUGUUUCACUCGGCGACACAGAAAGUGGGAGCCCAAAAAAAAAAAAUCCAAAUGUAUGGGAACCAAUGCCUAAUGGGCACAGACAGAUGCAAAUGCACAUGGUACGCUUCUACACUCAAAGAAAGCAGGGAAUUGUUAUAUUUGUUUAAAUCAUCUAGGAUAAUUUUAAAAACUUUAUGAUAUUACUUUCAUAUGCUUAAAUACAUAUAUCUCAACUUCAUAAACAAACUUUCCGCUUUAUUUUGAAAGCUUGUAUUUGCUUUUAGAACUCAGCUCAUUUUCCUUUCAGUGUAGCUCAUUCCAUGGCACCAUUUUCCCCACCAUUUCCCACUUUAGUUUUUGGCUAUGCAUCAGCAAAUGCAUGCGCCCGGCCGAGUGGAAUAGACAGCCCGUCACCCAGUCACCCAGUCAGUCAGUCAUUCAGUCUGUCCGUCCUUCCGUCAUUCAACCAUUCAGUCAGUCGAACGGACAGACAGUCGUCACUGGAACGCUACAAUGACACCGAGUUAGACGGGAAGAUGGUGACAGAGGAGCAUCCAGGAUGAGCAGGGUGACGGACCGACAGACAGACUCUGUUUUUGGCAUGUGGCCCAGAAUGGCUCUCCAUUUCGUUUGGCUGGUUGAGCUUGUUUUGCUGGGCAAAGCCAACCAAAAAAAAAAAUGACAAGGAAAUACUAUAUAUAGUAUGUGGCACGGCCCAGAGAAUCCACACAAAACACGGAGGCUGUCAGUCUAUGCAUAAAUUUUACGUACAAUUUAUUUUACUUCCUGUGUGUGCUCUGGCUGGCCUGUCCCUCACCUUUUUUUUGACACUUUGUGGCAAGAUGCAUCAAUAUCUGCGAGGCACUUGUAACCAUAAUCGGGCUAGAUUGUAAUCUGCAUAGAGCAAGCUACUAUCUCCAAUACAACAACUAAAAUCACCUUGUCCCAAAAAAAUUUAUGCCAGCUCUUAGCAGCGCUGGAACUUUCAACACAUGUCGGCAUAGUCGAAGAUUGAUCUGAUUUAUAGCUCUGGGCAAUAGCCUAAGUGCUUGCGGUUGCCGAAGACCUCUUAAAAUUGUUUAAGAACGCAUAAAUAAUGCGACCGAGAUCGGCCAUGAAUGCGCCUCGGUGCCACCGAGUGUUUCAUUUGAAUAAAUGGAAAAUGGAAAAUGGAAAUCGACGGCAGAACUUUGAUGGUGUUGAAAGACAAACAGCAAAGGCUUUUGGUGCCUGCAUUUUUUAUGGAUCACACAGCAUCCAGCUGAACGUUUUGGCAUUGUCAGCAAUGUGUGUACAACAACUGCACUCAAAUGACAAUUUGAACAACGACAGAAAGUCCAACAAUAACACCAACAACAAUUGCAACAACAACAAGCUAAAUGGCAGGACGAAAAAAAGGACCGUCGUGCACAAAGCGAAAUCGAAAACAAUUGAAAUCGACAGCAAGGGAAAACCAUGUGGGGGUGUUGCUAGAAGUCUGUGGCAGCAAGGGUGGUGCAGCAGGUGGUGCAGCAGGCACAUUAAAAUGCGCGACUACACGGAAAAAAGCAUUAAUAACAGCAUCCACAAAAUCAAUACCAAACCUAUCUAACUUAACAAUUUUGAAAUAUCCUUGUCCUAGAUACAUUUGCAGAUUUUAUAUUCCAAACAUAAAUAAUGCGAAAUCUUUUUAAAAAAUGUAUGCAUUUGCACUGCAAUUCUGAGGCUUUUUCAUGAAGUUCUAGUUAGUUAGUUAGUAAAGAUUUCCCUCAUUGUUUUCAGUGUAAGCGCACUAUACACACGCAGCACUUAACUGCACUUAGGUGCGACAGCCAGAUGAGUGUCGAACGGCAUUCCACGGAUGGCAUUGUUUUGCCAGGCGCACUGAAAGUCAUUUUCACUUAAAGCUGGCAGGCAUUUUAGACCACGCUGCGUAUACGCAACGCCAUCCAUUGUUUCCCCUUUUUUGGUAAAAACCGACUGAGAAGCAUUAAUAAAAUUGCAAUUAAUGUCACAAUUAGCAAUCACCAUAAAUUAAAUGCUCGACAACAAUUGAAAAAUUUAACACAACAAAGUAAACAAUAAAAUAAAAAAAUAAACA